GGCAGUUGUUGGUGAGAAACUUCGUCGUUAAAAUAUUUUUCUAAAUUUUAAGCUAAAAGAUUGAUAAAGUUAACCAAAAUUAGUAGCAGUUGAUAGAUAACAAAAUGGAGGAUGUUCUACAAAGUAUUAUUAAAGAGGCUUCGGGAAAGCAGCAUCAAAAUUUGAAAAAUGCCACACAAAUUGCUUAUGAUAAGUUGUACAGGCAGCAUGGCAUGAAUCGAGAUGUUCCGCAUGAACUGAGAAGUGUCUGCUUCAUAGCACUGAAAAUGACGUUAGAUAGCCAUAAGAAAAAUUUAAUAACAUUAGGAUUAAAUGGCAUGCACCGUCUAAUACGUGAUGAACGUUUUUUUAUUGGACUCGAACCAGAAGAUGACAAUUUUUGGUUGCCAGCUCAAUUACUUCGGUCCACAAAUAGCAUUUCAUGCACGAGUAAUGAAGAAACAAUUGUGAAUGUAUUGAGGUUGUUUCUAUCGAUGGCAUGCUCUUCGAAUGUGACACUAAACGGACGAUUAUUAAUCGAGGUUCUAUCACGCUGUCAUGAGUUUUGGGAAUAUGGAACACGUUCGGUGAAAGCUUCAGCAUUAGCAGCAGCAAGUCAAUGUCUUCGAACAUUUUGUUGCUUUCUGAAAGACGAAGCUGAUGAAUUGAUGAAAAUGAAUGAAAAAACAGCACCUGCAUGCAGUAAUUUAGUCGCAACUGCAACAAUUUAUAAUGAGGUCAUACCAGUGAUGCAAUGGUUAUGCAGUAAACUUAUAGAACCAGGAAAUAACUCGACUCCGAAGAAACAACAUAGCUCAUUAUUCUUUAUAGAAAGUAUUUUAACAUUGACAUCAUCUCUCCCCAAUGACGUUCAUAGCUCCCCUCAUUUUACGGCAUUUUUAUGGAAAACAUUCUUUCCGAAUUUAGCUGCAGCACUUGGAUCUCCAGGGAGAGUAAAUAUUGACAAAAAGUUUUCAUACAAGGAUGCAAUUCAUAUGAUUGAAAGUGAGAAUCGAGGAUUCUUUACUCGUCCUGGACUUGAUGGUCCUGAAGCAAGAUGCGUUUAUCUUACAGCUAUUCAAUUGUUACGCAUUGCAGGAGCUCAAGGAAGUUUAAGACCUGUCUUAGAGGCAUUAUUCCAUCGAAUGCUUCUCCUUCCAUUGCCACAAAAUCGUGCAGAGCCAUUAAGAUGUGUUCGUGAUGCUUUCAAGAGUCCUCAACGAUUGAUUGAUUUAUCUGUCAUCCUACAUUAUGACAAGAAUCAAAGUGUAUCUGAUGACAUGGAAUUGUUUCGUUUAAUUAUUGAUUCAAUGGAAGAAUGUGCUGUCAGUACUUAUUCAACAUUUGGCUCAGAUGAGUCACUUCAUGCAAGUAUCGAAAGUUUAGUAGCUCUCUUGUCAAGUCUUCAAACACUUUGUACGGGAGAUGUUGAAGCAAUUGUAAGUGAUCAAGUGACAGAAGCUAUAAAUCAUAGAUAUGCAAAUUUAAAAGAUGCAGAUUAUCAUGGGCCAUUAACUUAUCAAUCAUUAAUUCGCUUGCCACGAGACUAUCGUGAUGCUGUAGCCGAAUUAAAGCAUAGUCGAUUCGAUCCGUCCGAUUCUGAUAAUGAAGAUGGUCAUCCAACGCCAAAUCAAGAAAUAGAUCAAGUUUCAAUGGGAAGUGGAGAAACAGAAGGGCCAGAAGAUGGCGAAUCAUCUGAUGAACAAUCAAAGGCUGAAGCUAAUUGGCUUUAUUCACAUUUUAAUGAUGCAAAAAUUGAUGGUGAGACUGAUAGAAAACACGCCAAGGAAUUUGCUAAAAUUGUUAGAAUUCAACUAGUUCCAAAGCUUUUAAAACUUCACAGCUCAAUUGAAAUUGAUUCCGAAAUUCAAGAAUUUUCAUCAAACAUAUGUCAUCAAAAUAGUUUAAAUAUAUCCGAUUUCGAUUACAAUUUGACGGCAAUCAAUGCUGAUGGGAUUUAUCUAGCUACUUAUUCAACAUUCUUGCUAAGCUUACAAUUGAUACGAGUGGGCCAUUAUGACAAAACCAAUGAACAGAUAUCCAUACCACUCUCUGAACAACAAUUUGUGACAUCUGUUCAAAAUGCAGGGGUGUUGGUUUAUUUAUCAUCAGCAUGGCUUCGAGAAUUAUAUCAAUGUAUAUUGGCUACAAAUCCUCUCGAAUCAUUAAAUUUGGAAGAAAUAAACAAUCGGUGUACAUUGAUUGAUAUGAUUUGUGAUGCAGGGGGUGUCGGUCCGACUCAAAUGAUGUCUGAAUGGCAAAGACUUCAAUCUGUUUCGAAAUAUAUGAAUCAAACAGAAGUUGAAACUGAUAAGCAGAAAGCUGCUAAAAAACUGGCAAGAAGACUGUUAACGUGUUGUUGGGACUCUAUGGUAGUAAUUUUAAGUGCAGGAUUAGGGGAAAUUGAAGACUCUAAAGCAAAGAAACUUGUAAAGUUCUCAAAGAAACAUUUGAAAGUCGGAAACACAAAUCGUAAAAGAAAUACAGGGGAGGCGGCACUUUAUGCUUUGAGUUUGGAAGGGCUGCAUGCUGCUGCGACAUUAAGCAAUUGUCUUCAAUUACAACAUUUGGCAGGAAAGAUUUUGAACAUGAUUGCAACGAAUGUUUGUCAAACAUCAGGCCCGAAGCUUCCAAGUUCUCAAGCUCUUUCGAUGGAAUUGGUAUUGACAAAAGGUUUGGAUUUGGGCAGUUAUAGUGAAGAUUGCUGGCUUCCAGUAUUCUCAGUAUGUCGUCAUGUAACGCAACUUGAACAUGACCUAUUCUCAAGCUCAAACUCUGUAUCCACUGGUGCUAAUAUGCCAAAUGGAAAUCCAAAUAAAAAUGAUGAUUCACCGUCAAAAGACAAGAACAAUCCAGGAAGUUAUUUUAUUGAUGAAGAUGAAACUUGCGUGGAUGUAUAUAGCUUUUUACAAGCACCAUUACAAAGUCCAAACAAUAGCAUUGCUAUUAUUUUAAAGGCCUACCCAAAUACAGUAAUAUUAACGCAAGCUGAUACGGCAAAAGUUUUAUGUGCCCUUUCACAUUUGUCUGAUAAUCUAUUUAAUGAUGCUGCAGAUCGCUUAAAUUUACCAUCUUUAUGUCAAUUUAUAAAAUCACUAUGCCGUGCGUCACGUGAACAACUUUAUCGUGGCAAUACAAAUAAGAAGGGAAAGAAAUCGUGGUGGUUAGGAGGUCCAUGGAAAAUUAAGAAUCAAUCGUUACCAUUAUCCCUUCUACUUCAUCGCGUUGGUGAAAUUACCUUGAAAGUUUUCCGAAGUUCUCGACCCUUAUUACAUAUUGUAAAGAUAUGGGCUAUUUCAGGCCCUCAUUUAAUGGAUGCCGCAUGCCAUAAAGAUCGGGAUAUAUCAAAGCGUGCAAUUGAAUACAUACAUGAUAUAAUUACAGCACUGCUAGUUGAGCAAUCUGAGUUGCCUCACUUUCAUUUUAAUGAGGCACUGCUUAAGCCUUUCGAGAACAUUCUUAAUAUGCAAAAUUGUGAUAUGGAUGUGCAAGAUCAAAUUAUCACAUGUUGCAUGGAAAUUGUUGAGGCUCAUCGUACGGAAAUACGAUCUGGAUGGCGUCCAUUGUUUGGAACAUUAACGACUAAAAAACUUCAAAUUUCCAGUGUCAUUCUGGACAUUUUUAGAAUCUUUCUUGAAACUGAAAAUACAUUAGUAUUUGCUAAUGCUGGUUUAGACUGUAUUUUAUGCCUUCUUUCAUAUUUGGAAACGUCAACUGGAAAUUAUGAUGAAGAUGGAAAUAUCAUCAAUAGUAAUCCCAAUAUUACAUGCAGUGCAGCGACAUCACAAAAUGAUGGCACCUCAACACCGAAAUUAAAUGCCAUUGAAUUCUUACAUGAUGUGCUUAAAUUUUUAGAACGAUGCUCAACCAUUCUGGGAUGUCUUUAUAAUAUGCCAAAUACACCGAAUCUUCAUUCAACAUAUAAGAUUAAAGGAAUUUCAUAUACGCACAUUGUAGAUGCAAAUACGCAAAAUUCUUUAGAUAACUUUCAAUAUUUUGGUAACGAGCAUUUGCAAACGUUUAACGAUGAACAGUUUAUGAUAUCAUAUAGAUCACUUCAUAUUGAUAAGGAUUCUAUUACUAAAUUGGAUGAACUCGAGAAGAACAACUGUGGUGUAUUAAAAGUUUGGUUCUUACUCCUCGAUGGACUUACUAAUGCAUUAAUACUUUGUCCAUUACCACAUCAAUCUCCGAUUAUUCAAACUAUCUUUAAAAUAUUCCGUUCAGUAUUUGAUAAUCCAGGUCUUGACUUUGGAUUUUAUUGUGUCAAUCAUCUACUUAUCCCCUUGAAUCAAGAUUGGCUGAGAUAUAUAAACAAAACACAGAAAAAUUGGGCAACAAUCGAGAAAAACUUCAAGCAUUGUUGUUGUAUGACGACUGAUUUGGUUGUGGAAUUUAUUGAAAAAUCACAAUAUCAAGUAUCAAAAACUGCAAAGAAAAACAAGAGUGAGGCUAAAGCUGACAAUCAUGAAGAUGAAGAGGAUUUAUCUAGAAUUCCAACAGCCGCAAAUCUCGCAUUAAAGCAAAUGCUUAUUGUUCUCAUUGAAUGUUCUGUUCAACCUCAAGAAGCGAUUUCGAGAAUUGGGGUGUCUUGCCUCAAGCACAUCCUCUUUACAAUUGGAUACCUUUUUAAUGAGGAGCAAUGGCUUACAAUAUGUUCAGCAAUACAUCGAGCGGCAACAAUCAAUUUAGCACCAUUGCGUCAGCUUUCAUUUGCAUUCUAUGAAAAUUCAAACAGCUUUUAUGGUGACAUUAUGACAUUAAAAGUCGCAGCACGACGUGAUUGUACGUUGGAAGAGAUUAAUCGAGUUUAUUCACUAUCGCAACAAGUUUUUCAAUUAGAUAAUCAAAAUCAGCGAGACGGAAUGGCAAACAAAUCGAUAAGUGAGAUAAAAAUAAUAAAUGAGGAUAGAAGCUAUGCCUUCCUCCUCUAUACAAAUUUAAACGCCGAUGGCAAUUUUGUACUGAGAAUUCCUUAUAAAAAUUUGGUUAUUGGAUUACUUGUAUCACAAAUGCUUCUUCAGUUAAUUGCAAACAUUCUUUUGGGGGAAUUGAAAUGUGUACCAUCUGAGUUACAUUCAGUCAUUUAUGAAUAUAAUACAUCAACAAAUACUGAGAAGAAACCACAAUUUAAUUUGAGCUAUCGAGCAAAAGAAAUAUUGUAUCGGUGCUUACGUCAAUAUUUUAACUGUUCAAUUGAAUUUGAUUAUCGUCCAGGCUUAAAAUUUCUCAUUCAAAAAGUUUCAAAUUUGGAUUAUGCUGCUAAUCUAUACAAACAGUGCACGAGUUCAUUUAUCAUAAUUUUCAUGAGCCUCGUCGAUUCCUAUUUGAAUGAUAUCGGCAAAUUGAAUUUAUCGUCAAAUGAUUUAAAUUACAUCAUUGAUUCAUGUAACAACAACAGCGAUGGACUCAUAAAGAAGAAAGAAUUUUUUGUUCGAAAUUUGUUCCUUUUAAGAGAAUUAUGGAAUCAAGUAUCGGAACUUUAUUUGAAAAUAGCAAAAACGUCAUCGCCUAUUGUAAAGAAAAGGGAAAGUUUCUUAAACGAAAUAAACAUUGUUGAAAAUAAAAUGGUUGAAAUUCAAGAACAGCUCGAGAAUGGGCUGAACAAUUACGAUACAGAUGAUGAUGUUUUUCUACCGUCUCCAACCUUCGAGAAAUGUAAUUCGACGAGCGGUAACAGUAUCAAUAAAAUUGAAAAAGCAUCUAGCGAAGAAAGUGUAAAGAUAUUUUUGAAGGAUCAACACGAGGAAUCGAAUAAUUCCAAUCCAUUUAUUUCAUCAACGUCAUCGCCGACACAGCAACAGAAUCGAGAAAAUCCCUUCAAUAAAAAUCAAACGACAAACGAGGAUAACAAACAACAACAACAAGUUUCACCAGAAAUCGAGCAACAAAGGAAAUUGAGUAUACUUAAGGAUGAACAAUGCAAAAGGAAAUCACUUACACAACUCAUCGUUGCAAGCAUGGAGCUACUGAAACUUUUACCUAACGAAUCAACGGAAAAUAUUCGACUCUUGCUCACGAACACUCGAAUCAAUGAGGCUUUUGAUAUGGUGGAUAAGCAUGAGAAUAAUAAUUUGGAAAAUUAUAAAUGAACAGUAUCCUAUCCAUAGCUGUCUUUUUGCUUUCAACGCUCUUUGCCUAUCUUUCUAUAAUCUAUCUAUCUCCCUCUCUAUCUCUCGCAAUGCAUAUUUUGAAUGAGCUUCAAUAUUUCAUUUAUAAAUAUUUUAACAAAAGCUUUAACAUUCUUAAAUUAAAUUUAAAUUCAGCACGAAUUGUUUACUAAUAUACUUAUACCCUAAAAAUAUAUUCAAACUGAUAAAAUAUAUCACUACCUAUAUAAAUUAUUCAAUAUAUUUACAAACAAGCUGUAUUAUCUUCUUAUUGAUUAAAACAUUUCUUUCUGCACACAAAUGUGUAUCGUGUAAAGCCAAAUUCAAUUCCAAAAAGGAUUUCAUGCCUGUCUAAAAUUGAUGGUUUCUAUGGUUUGAAAUGCAGUUAUGAAUUAUUGACGCGAUACUUUCCCUAUUUCAAAUAUAAAUGAAGUUAAAAGAAUAUUUUUGUCAUGGGAAGUAUUUCGAUUUAUAUAAGAUUUAACAAAUCUCUAAAUCAAACACCUAAUCCUUAGAAUUGGAAGUUUAAUCAAGACCGUAUUUUAAUUUUUGUCUAAGAAUAUUCAUUCGACCACGAAACAUAGAUGCGAUCUGAAGCUUCUAUUUAAAAGAUUUAUUUUAAGAAUACCUAAAAUUAACUUAAUCCCGCGCUAAAAGGCAUAUUGAUAAGAACAAGCAAAGAAAGAAAAGGAUUUCUUAACAGCAGCAGAUCAAUUGUCUAUUAUCAAUUGACAAAUCUAAAGGAUGCAUCCGGAAGAUUAACAAAACUUUUAUAUUAAAGAUAAGCAUACGAAUUUCAGUUAAAUUGCAAUCAUAAAUGAUUGAAAAUUGCAUAAUUUGAAUUAAUUGAAUGAAUGUAUGCAUUAAAUAAUUGAAAAGGAAAGCAAGAGAGAUGUGACAUGCAAAUAAAAGAAGAAUGAUAACAGAAUCGAAAAUCAAAUGAGCCACCCCAUGCUCCAAUUUAAAAUAUUUAUAUCCGCAAAUAUAUUUUUGUCUCCUAUCUAUAAAGAAAUAUGAAUUGAGCAAAUACGGAUAAACAAGAUAUCCAUCUACUUAGCGUAGAGUGGAGAGCGAGAUAUAUUGGAUCAAUAUAGAGUAUUGUGUAGGAUUUGAUGUGAAUUUAUUAUAUUUAUGGCAUGGAGUGACAAUAUAUUGGAAAAAUAAAGGAAGAAAAAUAAUAAAAAACAUUUAUUUGUGCAAAAAAAAGGAAUGUUUUUCUCUGUCUUCAUUGUGAGUUU